AUGGCACAACAACCAGCAUUCUCUCGACCCAUCGAUGUCGUUGCAGAGAAUCGACAUCUGAAGUAUCUGCUCAAGUCUCAUCACCAACAGCCAUCAAUAUCACGAUAUGAACACUCUCAGGGCGGAGAGCUCCUUGCCUCGAGCCAUCUCAGUUCUCUCUCAAAUGUGCGUGAUCAGGAAGACGUCCAAGGUCUUCUCAUUCCGUCCCAUCCUUUAUGUCAUGCGCACACGCUAGUCAUUGAAGAUGUGUCUUCUGACCUCAUCGUCGCAUUGGAGAGGAUCCUGCGCUUGGAUGCCGAGUUGUUUGCCGCCCAUCUCACCAAUUGUGGUUGGAAAGAUUCCGAGAGGGGAAAAGAUGCUUUUCCUUUUGGAGACAGCGAGUACUCGACGUGGUGGACACGCCGCUUCAAAAAGCAAUUCUUCUCCAUAAAGUGGCAUCGACCAUAUGUUGUCAACUUCGAUUGGGUGCCUUCCGCUGUAGAAUCUUCCCUGCGCGUCUCACCUGCUAGCCUUACUCUUGACCUUGGAGCAAAAUCCCAAGUUUAUCAGAGAAGUAGCAACUUCCGCCGGGCGUUUCUUGACUUGAGGACGACCAAUGCAAUCUGGGAUUAUUCAAGGGCGACGGCCUCCAACCUGCAACGCAGAGAUCAACUUGUAGCAGAGGAGCGCUUGACCAUCUGGAAGGGGGAAUAUCGAGGCCAUGGCAUUGUCUUGCUACUGGUGGACCCGGAAUUUGGAACCGUUUCGAAUAAGGUUUCUUAUGAAGGUGGACGAACUGCCCAAUUUCGAGCCUCUACUAAACCGCAGCUCGCGGUCCCACGUUCACCUGUGAUUCAGCCUUCACCUGCACCACGCAGUGAGACAGAAGAGCCCUCCAGUCUGCAGCGUGAAGAGCUCCCAAUCUCGAGCUCCGCUUCAGUCGAUUCACAGACAGAACAUCCUGACCAGAACUCAGCCCAUCAAACCAGCAGAAACAGUUCGGCUGUAGCCACUCAGGGAGGCAUGGAUGACGCCAGUCUACAACCUGAAAGCAGCCAGACUGGGCAACAACAAUCCCAGGCCUUCUUCCCGCCGGAGAUCAUCUCCCCUGACCCACCUCCAUUCCGUAGUAAAUCCUUUUUCAUGAACGUGGCAUGCAGAGGCCCUGAGUCCGCCAUCUCCACUGACCGCCCCCCUCCUAGUGGCCUGCUCAGCCACCUGACAUCAACUCGCGAAGAUUUGUCGCUUUGGUUGACCACCCACCAUUUGCCAAUUGAGGCACUAGACAGCCAUUCUCAACCUUUGUGCAGGAUAUUCGAGAUCAUCCACGCUGAUACAUUGGAUUUCUUGUUGUCGAUAGAAACAUUUCUGGACAACAUUCUGAGCAACUCGGAUAACGAAGUGGUACUAGAGAACAACAUACGGAUAUGGCGCAGCCUUUUGAAUAUCACGGGUGGGGAGCUUCGCUACUUGACUCGACAGAUUCCCAAAUUCACCGAGUUCCUCGUUGAGGUAUCAAGUUGUGCUCAUGAUCAAGACGACAAUGCUUCCAAGACAUCAAGUCAGCAACAACUUCUCCGUGAGAUAAGCCGCAUUCAAGAACGUCUGGAUAAGACGCUCAUCACUCUGGUGAGCUCAUUGUCUGUGGUGGAAAGCAGAAGAGCUAUAGUUGAAGCCGAGAGCGUCAGCAAGUUGACCGAGCUUGCCUUUGUUUUCAUACCUCUGUCGUUUGCUGGAACUUUCUUUGGCAUGCAGGUCCGGCAAUUGGACCCAGAGACAACUUCCAUCACGUGGUUUUGGGUUAUGGCUAUAGCCUUGGUUGCAACUUCGUAUGGAGUAAGGCUUCUCAUUCGAAGUCAAGCAAUCCUACAUGCCAAAAAAGUGGUCGGAAUUGCCAUUCGUCAGAAUGCCAAUCUCACCGAAUCCCAACCCAUUGGCACGCGCGCUGCAAUUGCAGCACUGGGGCGCCUCCUGAUCCCUCUGAUUCACGAAUCAUUGUCGCUACAGCUACUAGUUGCCGCAAUCUUCCUGGUGAUCCCCUUGAUAUCAAUAUGGGCGAAUGGCGGACUUGUGCACGGGAUGGUAGUCGUCAUCAGCAUCUGUGUUGCUCUCUUGGUCGCCUUUACACUUCUGAUGCUCUGUCUCCGGCCCGAUGACAAUCUACGCCCGUUGGCCGAAUGGAUAUAUGAUUCGCAUUCCAGAGCACGAACAGUUCCGUCAGAGAGGGAUCCCGAGAGUGCUGCAGAGCGGCCUCUGGCCUGA